GUUUUUUUUUCGUAAAACCUUGUAGGGUUUCUUCGCGAGCCCGAUAUAUAAAUAAUAGAAAGCGAAACCUCUAAAAGUUCUCUAGAAGGUUAGAGACGACUAAUAGUGGUGCGUAACCUCUCGUUCUUCGGGGCAGUGGCAGAAUGACGACUUUCAGGUUUCACCAGUAUCAGGUGGUGGGGAGGGGUCUCCCUUCCGAGACAGAUGAGCAUCCGAAGAUCCAUAGGAUGAAAUUAUGGGCAACAAACGAAGUUCGUGCCAAAUCGAAGUUCUGGUAUUUCUUGAGGAAGCUGAAGAAGGUCAAGAAGAGCAAUGGACAAGUCCUUGCCAUCAACGAGAUUUUUGAGAAAAACCCAACCAAGGUCAAGAAUUAUGGGAUUUGGUUGAGGUACCAAAGUCGGACUGGGUAUCACAAUAUGUACAAGGAAUACCGAGACACCACUCUUAAUGGUGGUGUUGAGCAGAUGUACACUGAGAUGGCUUCUCGCCACAGGGUAAGGUUUCCAUGCAUCCAGAUUAUCAAAACAGCUACCAUCCCAGCCAAUCUUUGCAAGAGAGAUAACACAAAGCAGUUCCACAAUGCCAAAAUCAAAUUCCCUUUGGUGUUCAAGAAGGUUAGGCCACCAACCAGGAAGCUCAAGACAACAUACAAGGCAUCAAAAGCCAACUUGUUUAUGUAAUGAAAUCAGGAUCUUACAAUUGAGAGAAGUUUUGUUUUUGCAUUUGAAUUCUUUCAAUGUUACUGAUUUAUAUUGGUUCAUCUCUUACCUUUUCUCAGUCUUGUUUUUGAACCAUUUGACACAUGAUUUUCUAUUGGAUAAUUUUAAUUGGUGGGCUCAA